AUGGUCCACACAAUACCAUGGUGCACUGUUCUUUCACCCCCUAAUGUAUCCGGUGUCAGUCCCAGAGUCUACAAGAACCAACUGGUGUGGAUUCCAAAUGGUACUACUGGUGCUAAGUGGCCAGUCGUGGUUUACUGCAAAAGAAAGGAUCAGGCAUUGGUGUUGAACACACAUUUGAAUCCAUUCCUGGUGUAUCAUGGCCAAGAGGAUGAUGUAACUUUCAGAGUGUCUUUGCAUGAGUGGCAAGAAUGGCCCACGAUCACUGCAAUGUUCGACAAUGAUGGGGCCACCUUCUGGGCCAUCAUAUAUGGCACAAGGGCAGGCAUCUUCUAUCACCAAGAACAUGCUGUGGACCAAGUCAAUCGGUCAAACCCAACAUAUCGCAGGGCCCAUGGCUUCGAUAAGAUUGAAAAUGCGCUAAUCUGUCAAAUGAGUCGUGGUGCAACUGUGUAUGGAUGUGUAGAUCAAUACCCGGCCAACACAACGACUUUGCCAUUUCAUGCUGGCAGUCGAGUUCCCCGCCCUACACCCACCAUAGCUUCACCCACAGCAUCUCCAGUGGGGACCCCUUCGAAGCAGAAAGGGAAGGCACACAUUCCCGACUUGUCACCAAGGAAAACUCAUCAUGGCAACUACCUCACUUCGAAUGUGACUGUCAAUAGCAUUGGCAAUGGGGACAUAUUUUCAUCUCCCACUCACCAAGGACUCCAUUAUUGCAAGAUAUCUGGAGGUAUACCAGUACCCCGAAGCGAUAAUAUCAAGACAUCUGAAGAGGCUGAUACAAGGGAUGACUUUAUUGAAGCGAUGGAGGAGAAGGUAUUCCGGAAGAUGGUGGCUGGAUUAAUUGGGACCUGUACUUUGGGUUGA